GUGCAGUAUAGGAGGAAAGAUGUUUUCCCGACUGAGAGCUGCUACCACUCCCUGUGUGAUGGCAUGUCGCAGCGUGCACACGAAAGAGAAGGGCAAGCCACUGAUGUUAAACCCAAGAACAAACAAGGGUAUGGCCUUCACAUUACACGAACGACAAAUGCUUGGGCUGCAAGGACUUCUACCUCCUAAAAUAGAGACACAAGACAUUCAAGCCUUACGCUUCCAUAAGAAUUUGGCAAAAAUGACUGAUCCCUUGGAAAAGUAUAUCUAUAUAAUGGGAAUCCAAGAGAGAAAUGAAAAAUUAUUCUAUAGGGUAUUACAAGAUGAUAUCGAGCGGUUAAUGCCAAUUGUAUACACUCCAACAGUGGGCCUCGCCUGCUCUCAGUAUGGCCACAUCUUCAGGAGACCAAAAGGAUUAUUUAUUUCUAUCUCAGACAGAGGCCAUAUAAGGUCAAUUGUGAACAACUGGCCAGAGAAUGACGUUAAGGCUGUUGUUGUAACUGACGGAGAAAGAAUAUUAGGUCUCGGAGAUCUAGGUGUGUAUGGGAUGGGAAUUCCAGUAGGAAAACUGUGUUUGUAUACAGCAUGUGCAGGAAUACAUCCAGAUAAAUGCUUGCCUGUGUGCAUCGACGUUGGAACUGAUAAUACAACACUCUUAAAAGACCCAUUUUAUAUGGGACUAUACCAAAAAAGGGAUCGCUCUCAGGUCUAUGACGACCUAAUUGAUGAAUUUAUGGAAGCCAUUACAGACAGGUAUGGCCAGAACACACUUAUCCAGUUUGAAGACUUUGGAAACCACAAUGCUUUUCGUUUUUUAAGAAAGUACAGAGAGAAAUAUUGUACCUUCAAUGACGAUAUUCAAGGGACAGCUUCAGUGGCUUUGGCAGGACUGCUGGCAGCACAGAAAGCCAUGGGUAAACCACUUGCAGAGCAGAAAGUGCUGUUCCUUGGAGCAGGAGAGGCUGCGCUGGGAAUUGCAAACCUCAUUGUUAUGGCUAUGAUGGAAAGUGGUGUUUCUGCUGAGGAAGCCUAUAGGAGAAUAUGGAUGUUUGACAAAUAUGGUUUACUGGUUCAGGGCCGAGAACAAAAGGUUGAUGCUAAUCAAGAACCAUUUACACAUCAGGUUCCAGAGCAGAUACCAAAGACAUUUGUGGAGGCAGUGAAUGUACUUCGGCCUUCAGCUAUCAUUGGAGUUGCAGGAGCUGGGCGGCUCUUCUCUCAGGAUGUGAUCAAAGCAAUGGCCUCUAUCAAUGAGCGACCCAUAAUAUUUGCACUAAGUAACCCCACAGUGAAAUCUGAAUGCACAGCAGAGGAAGCAUAUACGUUAACAGAGGGCCGUUGCUUGUUUGCCAGUGGCAGUCCCUUCGAGCUGGUGACUCUGAAAGAUGGAAGAAGCUUCAAACCAGGCCAAGGAAACAAUGCUUAUAUUUUUCCAGGUGUGGCUCUUGCUGUGAUCCUCAGCAGCGUUCGACAUAUUAGCGAUAAGGUUUUCCUAGAAGCUGCUAAGGCAUUGUCGGAACAGCUGACUGAUGAAGAACUUGCACAGGGAAGACUCUAUCCUCCACUGUCUAAUAUCAGGGAAGUUUCUAUUUAUAUUGCUGUCAAGGCAAGAAGUGCAGUCACAGCCCAUGACCAGUGGGCACUGGUAGUACCUAUGAAAACCUGCUGCUUGCAAAAAUAGCAAUACCUGUGUCCAGCAGGAGUCUUUGCUUUGGGCGAGAGUGAAUUCGGUUCCCAGGGGGAGCUCCUGCACUUGAAACUGGCAGUGGCUGCUACCAAGCUGAGGGAAGAUGCCUGUUUUGAGCAGUGCAGUCCUUUCCCUUCCUGGCACAGGCUCCCUGCUGUCUUCAAGCAGAUGCCAAGAGGGAUUGUUCAGAACUAGCUGUCAGUGGGAUCUUCCCAAGUACAAAUGUUCCUGCAUAAAUUUUCUGGAAAUACCACUGCACAGGUGAGGAAAAAACAGUCUUCAUCUGGCUCUGAGGCUCCAGUUACCAUCUAGCCCUGCCCUGAUCUGCACGUUUUGGAGCUCUAGAGUAGACUGUCCCUCUUUAACCUGUCCGAGUUACUGCAGCUAACUGGUACCAGUUAGACCUCAUCUGUGCAUCCGCACUUGUGGACAUAGUUUAAUCAGGUUCUUGCAACAAAGACAUGGUGCAAUUUUACCUAUAAUGUACUGCUGUUUUCCCUUAGCAACAAGUAACACAUCAGCUUGCAAAUCUUUACGUGCAUUUCGCUCUCCCCAUCAUCUUUUACAGGUUAUUUUUUCUUUAUAUAAAAUACAUAGAUACAUUUUUUUUCAGUUUUGAGUAUUCUUCAGAUCCAGUUAAUCUUUCAAUUAAUUACAACUGCUGUUCUUACUGUUUAGUAAGGAAUCACAGUACCAUUUUCAUAUAUUACUUAACCUGAUUUUUUCUGUUUUAUGGCUUAUUCAAAAGCAUUUACUGAUCUUUAUCUAUACAGAAAACUCUUAACACAAUAUGCAAAGGGAAAAUCUUGUUACCAGGAUGCAUUUUCUAAUGUUACAUACCAUAAGUUAAAAAAUAUUGCCUAAAGGAUGACUAGUGUGCUAGCUCCUCACACAGGGACUUUCCCCUCCAAGUGGUACAGAAGUUUGUAUUUCCCAUCUCGUCUGUGAGGAUACUGCUCUGGAUGUACAGAACACUUUGAGAGGAUCAGAAACUCCCACCGAGGUCAGUAGCUUGGUCUUUUCCAGGACUUGCUUCCUUAAAAUCAACAGGAGCAGGACUGAGCCUCAUGGCAGCAAUGUAUAGAAGCAUCUAUAGAAGGAGAAGAAAGGUAGCUAAGGGAGUGCAGCCUAUAUUAAUAAAAUAUCCAUGUUCUUGUUCAGAGAUAGGAUUUGUGUGUUCCCAAAGCCUAUGACCACAACUGACAUAUAGAGGAAGACUGUUAAAAUGCAGUGUCUGAUAGAUUUUAAACCCCAGAUGUGACUGUUGCAUAAAUUCUCAGUUAUGUUUGUGAAUAGUGAUGUUUCAUGAUGUUGUGUUUGUUUUCCAAGCUUAAAACAAAGCCACACUGUACCUGCAGAUUGGUGUUUAACAGGUUUCCUGUGGUAUGUGCGUGUCUUCUCUGUACUGUUGUUUCCAGCACGCUAUUUUGUGGGAGAAGGUAAAGUAACUCUUUGUCACACUCCUCUGGUAGUAACUGCAAAGAGAAGUGAUACUCCUUUUAGUUUUUCACUAGCAACCCUAUUUGGUGACUACUCCUGUAGGAGAACGGGGAUUACUGAUGUACAGCUACAACUGUGAAUCUUAGUUCAGCUGACUCUGGGCCUAACUAAAUCCAAGUUGUCAUCUUCCAUUUGCUCCGGGUCGUCUUGACUUCAAAGGUGCAGGUUUGAGCACCUCUGUCAUUCAAAUAAAGGUAUCUGUGGGCCUCUCAGAUCGGACUGCAAGUUUGGAUUCCUAUUCUGCCUCAGCCAUAAAUGCUAUUCCCGAAUUUAAGAAAACCACUGUUGUUUUUGAACUCUUUUUAAGGGCAUGCAUACUGCUGUUGUGUUUUGUAACAGCCAUAUGUAACAGGCGGGGACUGGUGUUACAUUGAAUACUGGAGCAAGGAGAAAAUCUAGAGCAGAGCUCGAAUUGUACCCAAAUGGCCGAUGAAUUUGGGAAACAUAAUUCAGUUACCACUGUUGAAGGAACAUCUAAUUCUGUAUGGAUCUACACUGACCUAUUUACCUGCUUCCAAAAAAACUCAUUACCAUGGUAUCGGGAAGCCUGCAGAUGUUCUGGGUGAACAGCAAGGAAAAUCCAGCUUCAGACCUCUGCUGCCUACCAUUGCUUCCCAAACCGCAGCACUCCAUGAUGAUGCAGCUUGCUAGUGCCUGCUCCAGGGGAAAAUGUUCACGGGGAUUAAUCUGGAACCUGCUGGCACAGUGGACCAUGGCUCAUGUAAAAAGCUGCCUUGCAUCAGAUGUUGUGCGUGCAGUGCAGAAAACUGUGGUGUGCAUUUGUAUUCCCUGCACACAAUGUUGGCACUGGAUUGCACUUAACUCUCCAACUGUCUUUGACUCACCCAUCCUUUAAGUAGCUCCUUCCUAAUGGAAAUAAAAAUACUAUUAGGAAUACACAGACAUAGUAAGAUGGCCAGUUUGUCAAUAAAUGUCAAAAUAAUCCACAUUUAUUUUCACUUUGAGCAUAUCUACCUUACAAAAAUAAAUGUAAGUCUACUGGAGUGCUUAUGAGAACUGUCCAGGCUUGGCUUUACCUGGGAGGGUCAUUGCUCAGCUGAAACUAAAAUUGUAUUUAAAUGUAAACAGGUUGGGGAUUUUUCUUCCUUUAUAAUGUUGUAACUCUAUUGAAAUGUGUGUUCUGGUCUUCUAUUUUCUUAGUAAAAUGCGUUCCCUUUGCUUAUA